AUGGCGACACUCUCACAACCACAAAGCGCACUACCUAAAACAAAGAUAGCGACUACUUUUGGUUUGUCCAAGGAUUUGAAAUCGCCUAUAUCAGUUAAAGUUUGCUAUUUGGAAUGCACAAGAAAUAAUGUCUCUUUAGUCCCAUUAUCAACAAAAUUUGAAGAUCCAACUGUAUUCAAGAAGCUAUCUCAAAUAUAUAAGAACUCGGAUCUAUUUGUUGAAAUUAGAGUUUACGAUGGUAAGAAUAACAAUCUAAUCAGUACACCGGUGCGGACGUCUUACAAGGCAUUUAACAACAAGGGAAGAACCUGGAAUCAACAGUUGAAAUUGAAUAUAGAUUAUAAUCAAAUAUCAAUUGAUGCAUACUUAAAGUUUUCUAUUUGUGAAAUCAUUGAUACCAAGCCAUCAGUAUUUGGAGUUUCAUAUUUAUCGCUUUUCAGCCAUGAUUCAUCAACACUACGAAGUGGAUCACAUAAAAUUCCCGUGUUUAUGGAAGACGACCCACAAUAUAGUAAAAAUAUUCAGUAUGGAACUCUAAUUGGUUUAACAGACUUGGAAAAAAGAUUAAUUGAUUAUGAAAAUGGCAAAUAUCCUAGGUUGAAUUGGUUAGAUAAAAUGGUUCUUCCUAAAGUUGAUGCCACUUUUUUGAAAACAAACAAUAAAGACCACGAUUAUUAUUUGUACAUUGAAUUACCCCAAUUUGAAUUUCCAAUUGUAUAUUCUGAUAUUAUUUACCAAAUCCCAACAAUUGAACCCAUAACUGAAACUACUUCUAAAAUCCCCCCAGAUGAUACAUUGAAUAGUAACAUUAUAAUUAAUUCGAUAGAUAUUCCAAUGGCCACAUCACACGAUCCUAGUAUAAUGAAAGUGUACGAUCCAGAUUUCCAUAUAACAGCAAACAAUCAUCUAAAUCCAAAUGCUACUACUUUUGAUCCAGUUGAGUUAAAAUACCGUAAGUUAGAAAGAAACAUUGAUAAUAAUACAAUCUUGGACAAAGAAUUGAAGCCAACUCCACAAUUGAGAGAUGAAUUACUAAGAAUUAUGAUCAAACCUUCAAAUGCAGAACUAACAGAUAAUGAGAAAAAUUUGAUUUGGAAAUUUCGUUAUUAUUUUAGUAAAAACAAUUCUGGGAAUGAUCCAAGUAACAAAUCAGUAAAGUCUUUUUUACCCAAAUUCUUAAGGUCAAUAAACUGGGAAAAUGAUUAUGAGCUAGAUCACACGUUUAAAGAAAUAAUUCCAUUUUACUGGAAUGUUGAUAAGUUGCAAAUUGGGGAUGCUUUGGAAUUGUUAGGUGAUUAUUUUAAUCCGUACACAUUGGGUAAACCGACAUAUCAAGAUGAUUCUAUGACGUCAAAAAGUUCAAAAAUGAAAAGUGAUGAAAAACGGUUUAUAAAAAUUUACAAUAAUGUUUGCUUUUUGAGGAAAUUAGCAGUUGAAAGAUUAAAAUUGGCUAAUAGUGAAGAACUUUUAUUGUAUUUACUUCAAUUAGUUCAAGCAUUGAAAUAUGAGGCAUUGAUAUAUGAAAAAAGCCCACCAUUUUGCGAAAGAUCUGAUCAGAUUGAAGAUAAUGCAUCGUCGACUUUAAAGUCACCAUUGGCUGAUUUCUUAAUUGAAAGAGCAGUAGAAAAUGAAAAAUUGGGUAAUUUCUUUUACUGGUAUGUUAAAGUUGAAAAUGAAGAUCAACUCAAUAAUCCUCAUAUCGAUGGCCCAAUCAAAAUCUACAUGGAUAUUCUUAAUCGCUAUAUUGAAUUGCUAAAAGCACAUUGUCAUGAAAAUAGACUUCCUUACUAUAAGCAUUUAAAACAUCAAAUAUGGUUCAUCAAGAAAUUAACUUCUUUGGUAGAGUUAUUACGUGCUUCAUUUAAGAAAAACGAGGCAACAGCAAAGAAAGUUGAAUAUUUGCGGGAGUAUCUAGCAAAUUCUGGGAAUGAAUUGUUAAAAUUCCCUGAACCUUUCCCAUUACCACUUGAUCCAUCAGUUAUGAUAUGUGGAUGUUAUCCUGAGGAAUCAUCAGUUUUCAAAUCUUCAUUGGCACCAUUAAAAAUUACUUUAAAAACCAUUGAAAAGAAGAAACACGGACAUGCCACUUCGCAAUUAUUUGGAAAACGAUCUAGAUAUGGGAAAUACCCGUUAAUGUUUAAAAUAGGUGAUGAUUUAAGACAGGAUCAAUUGGUAAUUCAAAUCAUAGACUUGAUGGAUCAACUUUUAAAGAAUGAAAAUCUUGAUUUGAAACUUACACCAUAUAAAAUAUUGGCUACUAGUCCAAUUUCCGGGUUGAUUCAAUUUGUUCCAAAUGAAACUUUGGACUCUAUUUUGUCCAAGACAUAUCCAACAUCGGUCACAUAUUCUGGUGGUGGUGAAACUUCUGAUGUACCACCGUCAGUAUCAAACAAUGGUAUUUUAAAUUAUCUUCGUCUUCAUAGUCAAGAACAACAAUCCGAGGAACCUAUAUCCAAAAGUAUUUUAAGUACAAAUACCAGUCAGUCCAAUACCGAGAUACCAGUUUUACCACGUCAACCUAAACCAACAAUAACUUCAGAUUUGGGUGUAUCACCGAUUCUUAUGGAUAAUUACGUCAAGUCAUGUGCUGGUUAUUGUGUAAUUACCUAUAUUUUGGGUGUUGGAGAUAGACACUUGGACAAUUUAUUACUUUCACCCAAUGGGAAGUUUUGGCAUGCCGACUUUGGAUAUAUACUCGGCCGUGACCCUAAACCUUUCCCUCCAUUAAUGAAAUUGCCUAUACAAGUAAUCGAUGGGAUGGGAGGGUUACAUCACGAGAAUUAUAAUGUUUUCAAGAGCUAUUGUUUUAUCACAUACACAACAUUGCGUAAAAAUAGUAACUUGAUUUUGAACUUGUUCCAAUUGAUGUUGGAUGCCAAUAUCCCAGAUAUUCAAUUUGAUCCACUGAGAGUGAUUGAAAAGGUACAAGAAAAGUUUUGUUUACAAAUGACUGAAGAAGAAGCAAUUUUACAUUUCCAAAAUUUGAUUAAUGAUAGUGUGAAUGCGUUUUUGCCUGUUGUUAUAGAUAGAUUACAUAGUUUAGCACAGUAUUGGAGAGCUUAA